AUGUCUUCUUCUUCGAGCAUCAAACUUCAUUUUCUCCAAGCCUCACGUUGCAUUCGAACGGCUUGGCAGCUUCAAGAGCUUGGUCUCCCUUAUGAUUUUACGUUCAGUGAGWGGAUCAAUGGAACGGGGCCUGCUCCACCAGAGUUCAAACAGGCCGGAGGUGGACUAGGAAAGUUUCCUACGCUAGAAGAUGGAGGCAAGUUCUACUACGAGAGUGGGAGCAUUUGCGAGUACCUCGAGGACAGAUACGACACUCAACACCGACUUCUCCCCGCGCCCGGCGAUCCAAAGCGCUACGAGAUCUUGCAAUGGGUCCACKCAGCAGAGGCUACCUUCAUGCUCCACGGUCUCGCGAUUCUCUACACCAGGUGGUUUCAGAAAGACGGCGACCCGAAGAAGACGGAGGAAGGGCUCAGCCCGAACAUGAUCAAAGACCUCGAUUAUCUCGAGGCAGAGCUGAGUAAAGGCAAUGGGAAAUUCAUCGUUGGAGAUAGUCUCACAGUUGCGGAUAUAAUGAUGGAGUUCUCGGCUGAUUUUGUUCUUGUUCGUGAGUUGGGGACCAAAGGAAAGAGUUGGCCGAAGAUCAAUGAGUGGCUGAAGAACUGCCAUGAAAUAAAGACAUACCAGGAGGCUGUGCAGAAGACUGGAUACACAUUAGAUCGUUGA